AUGAAUGUUAAAAGGAUUGCAGAGGAUCUCCUGCUAAAAACACAAAAGUCGCCACUGUCGGCGUCUCGUUUGGUGCACGCCAUACCGCACACAUGGCAUCGAUCCACAAAAUUUCGAUUCAACGGCGACGCGGUGUGCCAUUUUUGUCAGCGGCCGCUUGGUUUCGGAUUCCUUAAUGCUUGGGAGAAAUGCCGCUCAUGCAAAUGGAAAGUUCACACGCAAUGCAAAAGUCGUGUUGGUGAUUCGUGCGGUUUGACGCCCGACCAUUUACGGUUUCUGUUCGACAAGCUGAUUGAGGAAAAUAAUGGAGGCAUGUGGAAUGAUCCACAAUCGGCCGCACCUUUGCCAGCGUCGCGAUCGAUGAACGAGAACGCAUUCCAAUAUCCCGAUGAACCGAUCGAUUCAUCAUCAUCGGCGAAUAGUACUGCACCGUCGACGCCGGCAAAUGUCGCGGGCACUUCCGCUAGCGGCAAUACACUGACGGUGCCCGACAGAAACUUCUUGUUCCCAGAAUCCGAGCACCAUCCAACACAUGGCAGAUUACCGCUUGUUGUAGUAAGUGAGGAUGAUGUUCAAACGGAGGCGCAUGUUGACAAUGCGAUUGAAAGCGAAGGCACAAUUGUUGGAAAUGAUUCACUAAGCAGUAAUGAGACGUCAAACCCCGAAGUUUUCAAAUUCAGUAGAAAAGGCUCUGGCCAUACUUUCGAGAGAAAUGCUUGGAACAAGACAACGAUUCGAGGAUUCAAUAUGCAGGCCAGCUGGAAUGAGGUCACGAUUCAGCCCGGUUCCAUCGAGUUUGAUAAAUGUGAUCCCCUUAUUGCUCGCGGACGAUUUGGUGACGUCCUUCGUGGUUUCCAUUAUGGCGAUGUUGCCAUUAAAAUGGUCAAUAUGGACCAUAUAAAGGAGCAAUCAAAGAAAGCUGAGGAAUUUAAGCUCGAAGUCUCAGCAUAUAAGAACACACGACAUGAUAAUAUUGCACUUUUCCUUGGUUAUUUUGUUAACAAAAACAAAUUUGGAAUUGUGACCAGCUUAGUCAAAGGCCAUUCGCUUUUCACAUUACUCCACGUUAUCCGAGAGAAACUUGACAUCGGAGCAACUCGUCGUCUUGCUGUUCAAAUAUGCCAGGGCAUCUCCUACUUGCAUACCAAGAAGAUUUUGCAUCGCGACUUGCGUACUAAAAACAUUCUCAUUGAAAACAAAAAUAAGGUGGUGCUCACUGAUUUCGGAAUGAUGAGUCAUAGAAGACUAUGUUAUCCGCAACAAAAAAGUUCAUAUCUUGUGCCAAAAUUCUGGCUGAGCUACGUGGCGCCGGAAAUUAUUCGUAACAUUAAAUGCGACUUUGAUGAAGCCUAUCAUGAUGAGUUUCCAUUCAGCGAGUAUUCGGAUGUGUACGCGUUUGGAUCGGUUUGGUAUGAAAUGCUGACCGGUGAAAUUCCAUUCAUUAUGGGAAAUGCAUUCGCGGUGCUUUACCAAAAAGGAAUUGGAAUGAAGGAUUGCCUGCAUAGCUUCAAUGGGUCACGCGAAAUGAGAGACAUUCUGAUGACUUGCUGGAGUCGUGUGCCAGAAGAUCGUUCGACGUUUCCUGAUAUCGUCGCGCGGCUUACACGCAUCCCGAAGAAGCGUCCGGCUUACAAUCCCAAUUGUCCGGUGAUGGUGAAAAGCUAUGAGUCAACAUUCUAG